GAAAUAAAUAAGCUAAACAUUACGCAACACCGCCUCUAUCCCAAGAUCAUCCACCGCUUAGCAUGCCUCCCGUCAGAACCGCACGCGCCUCGCGCAAGGCCCCGCCCGAAGGCUUCGACGACAUCGAGGACACGCUCCUGGAGUUCCAGACCAAGAUGAGGGACGCCGAGAACGCAUCACACGAGGGCAAGAAGAAGUACGAGAUGACAUGGCCCAUCUUCCAAAUCAGCCACCAGCGCUCGCGCUACAUCUACGACCUGUACUACAACAAGGAGGCCAUCAGCAGGCAACUCUACGACUAUCUUCUCAAGAACGGAUACGCAGAUCCCAUGCUGAUUGCGAAGUGGAAGAAGCAGGGUUACGAGAAGCUAUGCUGCACGCGCUGCAUCCAAACAAAGGAGACAAACUUUCGAUCUACCUGCAUAUGUCGCGUUCCGAAGGAUCAGCUCAACGAAAGCCAGGAGAUUCAAUGCGUCAACUGCGGCUGCCGAGGAUGCUCUUCCAGCGACUGAGCGCAGUGACGAUUUCGUGGCACCAGGCCAUGUGAAAAUAUAGCGAUGGAAACCCAAGAUUGUUUAGGAAAUAGCCAGGAGACACUGCAAGUACCGAGCCAAGGACUGCGUAUGCAAGUGCACGCCACGGGGCGACACCUCAGCAGCAGACGCCAGGUCUUGAUACGAUGAUCGGGUCACUAGCCUCAGGAACACUACGGUGGAGCUGCAUUUGGACGCACAAAGAGAUUGAAAUAUAGGAACAAGUGCAUGAGUGAAGGUUUUCCCGAACGCCUGAAUCCAGAUGGGGG